AUGGAUUCCAAUUACACUGUAUGGGUCUUUCAUGGAGAGAAGAGGAGUACACAAGUAGUAAAUGAAGGCAAUCAAGAUCGUAUGGAAAUACCUGAAACAUAUGAGAUGUUCAAGGAUAUAUAUUUUGGUGGUGAAGACAACGCUGCUACAGAGCAUAUUGAAGGAAGUAGAGAGGCAACUGUUGCUUUAUCUAAGCAUAAAGCUGCUUUUAAUCUAUCUGACACCGAAUAUGAUGAGCUUCUUAAAAUUCUUCGUGUUAUGCUUCCACCAGAUAACCAGCUUCCUGAAGGAAUGUAUGAAAUAAAGAAGCUAUUAAAGACAUUUGAUUUAGGGUAUGAAAAAAUACAUGCUUGCAUUAAUGAUUGUUGUUUGUUUAGAAAAGAAAAGGAGGAUAUGAAUGCAUGCCCAAAAUGUGGUUCUUCAAGGUGGAAAAUGAACAGACAGAAUAGUAAGGUUCAAGAAGGGGUUCCGACUAAGGUGUUAUGGUACUUUCCAAUAGUACCAAGAUUUAGGCGUUUGUAUCGAUCGAUUGAAAAGGCUGAACAAGUAUUGUGGCAUUCAACAAUUAAAAGUCAAGAUAGAAAUAUGCGACAUCCAGUUGAUUCACUUGCAUGGGAUAUCAUAAAUAAGAAGUGGCCGAGUUUUGCAACAGAUCCUCGAAAUUUAAGGCUUGGCCUUGCGGCCGAUGGGGUCAAUCCAUUUGGUGAUCUUAGCACUAAACAUAGUUGCUGGCCAGUGAUUUUAGUUAUAUACAAUUUUGACCCAUUGCUUUGCAUGUCUAAAGAGAAUUUGAUGUUGACGAUGUUGAUCUCAAGGCCAAAGCAACCAGGGAAUGAAGGGAAUGAUAUUGAUGUAUUUUUGGAGCCAUUGGUGGAAGAUUUAAAGGAGUUAUGGGAAAAAGGUGCUCAGCUUUAUGAUUCAUUCACUAAAUCUAUGUUUAAUUUGAAGGUGAUAUUGAUGUGGACAAUCAAUGAUUUACCGGCUUAUUCUAAUCUGUCUGGUCAGGCAACAAAAGGUAAGUGUGGUUGUCCAGUGUGUGCUAAAGAAACAUGCUCAGAGUGGCUGCCAUGUAGUGGGAAGACUGUGCAUAGGGAUACUCGGCGAUUUCUUUCAAUUAAUCACAGCUAUAGAAAGAAGAAAACUUGGUUUGAUGGAAAAGAAGAAUUGAGAAGGCCACCUAGAGCAUUAUUUGGUUCAGAAAUUUUUCGUAUUGUUGAGAAUUUUGAGAAUAAGUGGGGAAAAACACCUAAAAUAUGCAUGAAUUCCAACAUAAAUUCUUCCAAAAAACGUAAGAGGUCCAAAGAAAAUCCUUCUGAAAAGAAUGACACUUCCCAAAAAAAUCCCAGCACUUGGCCAUGGAAGAAAAGGUCUGUAUUUUUUGAAUUGCCAUAUUGGGAGGCACUACCUCUUCGUCACAGUUUGGAUGUAAUGCACAUUGAAAAAAAUGUUUGUGAGAGCAUUCUCGAUACUUUAUUAAAUAUGAAGGGAAAAUCAAAGGAUGGACUCAAGUCUCGUAUGGAUCUAGAAAAAAUGAGCAUUAGGUGUGAUUUGGACCCAAAGGAAUCAGGCACGAAACAUUACUUGCCACCAGCACUCUAUACAUUAUCGAAGGAAAAGAAGGGAAUUUUUUUAAAAAGGUUACAACAAUUGAAGUUGCCUAAUGCUUAUAGUUCAAACAUUGGGCAACGAGUCUCGUUGGGUGAAUGUAAGAUUAGUGGCCUAAAAUUCUAUGAUUGUCAUAUUUUGAUGCAACAAUUAUCACCUGUAGCUUUACGUGGAUUAGCACAUAAAGGUCCAAGGAAUGCUAUAUUUCGCUUAUGUGCAUAUUUCAAUGGAAUAUGCCAAAGGGUGAUUGAUAGAAAGCAAUUGGAAAAACUUGAAAAUGAAAUUGUUGAAACUUUAUGCAUGUUUGAAAGGUUUUUUCCACCAUCUUUCUUCGACAUUAUGGUACACGUCACCAUUCAUCUUGCACGAGAAGCUCGUCUUUGUGGACCAGUGCACUUUCGUUGGAUGUACCCAUUUGAGAGGAUUAUGAAGGUUUAUAAAGGAUAUGUUAGGAAUCGAGCAAGACCGAAAGGGUGCAUAGCAGAAUGUUAUUUGGUGGAUGAGUGCGUAGAAUUUUGUAGUAAACAGAUGAAAAAAGUAUCUGAAAUAGGUUUUCGUCGAUCUAGAAAUGAAGAUAUUGAAUGUGAAAGUACGGAAAGAGGACGCCCAAUAUCUAAGGGGAUUUCAAAACCCAUUCCUCCUGACAUGUUAGCCAUUGCUCAUCGUUAUGUAUUAUUCAACAGUGAUGAGGUUGAACCAUACAUAGAAGAGCAUCGGGAGGAACUCAGGCGUUCUGACAGUCGUCUAGCAAGGAAUGAACAUUUGUUAGAGAAGAGACAUAUUGAGACCUUCAGUUCAUGGAUAAAAACUACGAUCAGUGUAAGUACAAAUGUAUCAAGUAAGUUAAAGUGGCUUGCACGUGGCCCUAGAACAGAAGUAAUGUCCUAUUCUGGCUAUGUUGUGAAUGGUCAACGAUUUCACACGAAGGAUAUUGAGAGAAGCACACAAGAUAGUGGUGUUUCUAUUGAAGCUGAAACUAUAUGCCGAUCUAGUGUGAGAGACACAAAUCAAAUUACUGAAAAAAUAACUUAUUAUUGCAUUCUGAAAGAUAUAAUUUUGUUGAACUACUACACUUUUGAGGUGCCAUUAUUUGAUUGUGAUUGGGCAAACAUUAGAAAUGGCAUCAAAGUUGACGAUGGAUUUACGUUGGUGAACCUUCGUGAAGGUCAAAGUCAAUUUGCAAAAGAUCCAUAUAUCCUUGCAUCGCAGGCAAAGCAAGUGUUUUAUUCUAGGGAAUCCGAAACAUCAAGUUGGUAUGUUGUACUUAAAGCACCAAUUAGAGGAUCUCAUGAUGUAGAUAGUUUUGAAGAAAACCCUUAUGUGACUUAUGCUCCUUUAGAUGUAUCAAGACUUGACAUUGUUGAUGAUGAUGAUCAUCCAUAUGUACGAGAUGAUUGUGAAGACAUAAUAGUGUAG